AUGAACGGAGACUUCAGCUUGUCCCAAGCGCUUGGCGGCUUACGAAUCGCCAACCUCGACGAUGACGACUCCGUCCAUUCCACAGAGAACGAACAGACAACCCCCAAUGCUCCCGCCAAUCAGUCUUCCCCGAGCCGUCAAGAUACAACGAGCAAUGCUCCACAUACGAGUCCUCAGCCUGCACAGCCUCCUUCUCAGCGGACACCAAACAACCUAGAACGUCAGGUUACCCCUCAAGACCCCCCGCAGCGCCCGCCCCAUACAUACGAGACCGCCGCCGCGAUCCUCAGGAACGCCCAAGAUAACCUCAACGCCCGUGGCUAUCCUCCGACUAGCCAGCAAUUGCCAGCAGGAAAUGGGAACCGGCCACCAAACUCGAGACCCAAUACCGGAGGGGCAUUACAGUCAAUGGAGGUUGAUUCGCAGCGGGGAGGAUACCACGCACAUGGACACGGGAGUGCGUAUGGGGACCUACGGAACGAGCUAAGGAACGAAAUCCAGACCGACACUUCCCGGAGUUCCCUAUACGGUGUGCCGACUGUUACGAGGAGCGACUCUAGGCGUGCGCCCCCUGGUGCACCUACACGAGAGCCCAGUCGAUCAUACCAUCAAGGCCGGCCCGGUCCCGGUCCUCCCAUGGGGGUCGAUCCUAACGGCGCGUUGCCUCCUAGGAGGAGCUCGCGCGGGGUUGGAGGAUAUUCUCAGAUCCCGGGCAUCCCUGUAGCCGCGCCCGGCACCUAUACGUCAGAAGCACGGCUGGGAGAAGUACCACCCAUGCUCUCCACCAGCAGCGAGGAAUGGAAGGACAGGGGUGCGGCAGUCGGCGUUAGGAGAGAGGUGGAUGCCGACGGGAGAGUGACGAUGAAGCCGGUCAAGAAGGGAGUACGCGACUUCACUUUUGGGAGGAUAUUGGGAGAGGGCUCCUACAGCACCGUUUACCUUGCGACCGAUCGCCAAACCCUGAGAGAAUACGCCGUCAAGGUGCUAGAGAAGAAGCACAUCAUCAAGGAGAAGAAGAUUAAAUACGUCAACAUCGAGAAGAACACCCUGAACCGCCUUACGGAGCAUCCCGGUAUCGUCCGCUUGUAUUACACGUUCCAGGACGAGACUUCGCUGUAUUACGUCCUCGAUCUAUGUACAGGCGGAGAGCUGUUGGGCGUGCUGAAGAAGACGGGGACGUUCGACGUGGAAUGCACAAGGUUUUAUGGCGCUCAAAUAUUGGACGCCAUCGACUACAUGCACUCGAGAGGUGUCAUCCACCGUGAUCUGAAACCCGAGAAUGUUCUCCUGGACGAACAGAUGCACGUCAAGAUCACAGAUUUCGGUACCGCCAAGCUACUGCGAGACCCUCGAGAUCCCAGACCACCAGAGGAAACGCCGGGGCAUAGUGGCGAGGAUGACGAGCGAGCAGCAUCGUUCGUCGGUACGGCUGAAUACGUGAGCCCCGAGCUCCUGACGGAAAAGUCGGCGAGCACAGCCAGCGACAUAUGGGCUUUUGGAUGCAUCGUCUACCAACUCCUUGCCGGUCGGCCACCCUUCAAGGCGGGAACCGAGUAUCUGACUUUCCAGAAGAUUGUUAAGCUCGAAUACGAAUUUCCUCCCGGUUUCCCACCCGCCGCGCGCGAUUUGGUAGAACGAUGUCUCGUGCUGGAUCCCGCUCAGCGUUUCAUGGUCGAGCACAUCAAGAAACACGAGUUCUUUGCCGGACAUCCGUUUGGCAAGGAUCUGUGGAGGAUGAAGGCGCCGCGGUUGAAGCCUUACGUACCAGGGUCCCAGGAGCAGCAGCCGCAAAUGAUGCACUUGGGCGGAGGUGGGUCGAAUUCGAAUCAUAAUCACCCUAUGCCCAUGGGCAACCUAAGCUCAGGAAGAGGCACCACCACUCAAGGGGGACCGGCCAAUAACGUCAACCGACCUGCUAGGAUCAUCACCGAACUACCGCCUCCUACGCAACUGGAUCUUGACUGGUCACCCGUCUUGACGAAGAACAACGAGCGCAUCCUCAAGCUGGGCGACCUGAUGGUCGUGUCGUCGCCGAUACCGCACAGCCCACACGGCAAGGAAGGCGGAGACGGGCAUAAGAAGCUGGCUCGCUUCUUUGGCGGCAGCACUACUAAGAAGAGACAGCGGCUCGUCAUGAUCACCUCGAGCGGCCGCAUCGUUUUUGCGCCGGCCGGCGGCGAGGAGAAGAGGGCCAAACAGGAGAUCUCGCUGCUGGCUUCGGAUUGCACGUGGAAAACACAAAUCGACGCUAAGGGCCAGCCGGUUUGGUGUGUCGACACGGGCGGCGUACACUACACCUUUGAAGAACCCAAGUCCUCGGAAAAAUCAUCAUCAAAAGACAAAUCCAAUGACAAGUCAUCAUCAGCAGCAGAAGGCGAAGGUGGCGGCGGCAACAGCAGCAAGUACACGGUAGACGAGUGGAUCGAGUCGCUGGAGCGGGCCAAGGACCUGGCGCUUUCGCAAAACCUGGUAGGUUCCAACGACAAUUUUGGGGACAUGUCGAUGUCGUCCAACAGCCCGGCGAGUUCGAUGGUGAACAUCGGUAGUGGGAACGGACAUCAUCAUAAUAGUGGAAGGGGACAUGGACACCACGGGAACUACGGUGGCAUUGGCCUCGGAGAAGGCGGGGGAGGAUACAGCAUCAGUGAUCGAUCGGGCCGCAAUCAGCUGACUAAGAGUCAGGCGAGCCUGGAUGAUAGCAGCAGUGUUACUAAGCGCAACCGGUUUAGUCGGAGGCAGUCGAAGAAUGGGUUGGGAGCUGCUUUCUGA